CUACCAGGACCGAGGCAUUGGGAACACCUCUCUGUCCACAUUUGGCGUGGCUCAGGCAGUGCUGGAGAUCAUCCUCAUGUUCUACUUGAUGGUGUCCUCUGUCGUCGGCUUUUACAGCCUGAGAGUCUUUGAGGGACUCACUCCCAGGAACGAUGACACAACCAUGACAACGAUCAUUGGUUGCUGUGUGUCCAUCUUGGUCCUGAGUUCAGCCCUGCCGGUGAUGUCCAGAACUCUAGGUAUCACCAGAUUUGAUCUCUUGGGAGACUUUGGGAGAUUUAAUUGGCUGGGAAACUUUUACAUUGUCCUUUCAUACAACCUGCUCUUUGCGGUCGUGACAACACUCUGUCUUGUGAGAAAAUUCACGUCAGCGGUACGGGAAGAGCUUCUAAAGGCAUUAGGUCUGGAUAAAUUGCAACUGUCAAACAGCCCCACGGACCCUGAAUCUGGGAAGCUCUCGGCAAACGGGCAUCAGAAAACUCUGUGAAAGGGACGAUAGACAGACACACAGACACACACACAGACACUACGACAGUACUGCUGAAAGGUGAAAGGGAUUGGAAGGAACUUAAUAAACCCAGGCAGUGUCUGACGGAUGCUGCAAAUGGAGGCUGAGAGCAAUUUAGCUUCGUGACAUUCCAUCCUCUGCGUCUCGGAUGGAAGCUGGGACAAAGCCAGGGAUGAGACUGAGGAGUGAAAUAGACUGGCAUCACUGCAGUGACCUUGAUGUUGACCUUAACCGCGACUGUGACUUUAAACCACCCAUCUCUUGCUUCAGGGGCACUCUUCCCCCCCCCCCCAGCAUUGCUACCUGUUUUUCUUUUAUAACCUCCUCACCACUGCACUAGUCAAAAGCAAGAGGGUAAAGCAGGUGAAACAAUGUGUUUUUCUAAGUCUUACAUCUAGCUAAAAGGCAAAGAGUUAUUUUCCAUCACCCUGCUCCUCAUCUGUAUUCAGUAUAAUAAAUAGACCCCCCAUUUCCAAUAGACUCAUUUUUUAAUGCCAGUAUGUCCACGGUAAUUUGUGCCGGUGAUACAUGGAGCAUUUGCAGUUUAUGGUCUAAUCAUGGUCGUUGGUUGUUAUGUGAACAGAUACAGGCCUGAUAAGGUGUCAAUUUGUCUUUUUUUUAUUAUUUGUUUAAGCUCGAAAAUGUGAAAAUAACAUGCUUUUGAGAAGUAUGAAAGAAGUCAAAGUUAUUCACUCAUCACAGCCAUUACAUAAAACUGCACAGCAUCACUACAAUUCAUAUUAUAUGAAUUGGCACUGUCAUUACUGACACGCGUCAGAUU